AUGAUGUUCUUAAUGUGGAUCAAGCAAUAUCCCACAGAGUACUUUUUAGCAUUCAUCUUUGAAAUAGAUCGGUCUACUGUUCACAGAAAUUUGCAAAAGGUGAUUGAUGUGUUUUUCACUCAUUACAAUCAAGAAUUGUCAUUCAAAAACUAUCAAUUUAGGGCUGAGCGUGGUGUGAAAUAUAAUGGAAAAUUAAUUACUAUUAUUUUAGAUGGAACAGAGCAACAAGUAUUUACACCAAGCAACAAGAUAAAAGAGCAAAGUUUGUACUCAGGUAAAAAGUGUAAGCACACUUUUACGUUGUUGAUUGGUGUGUCUCCUGAUGGCUAUAUUUUGUUUGUAAGCUUGUCUUACAAUGGAUCAAAUAAUGAUUUAAAUCUUAUCGAAUUUCCAGAAAAUCAUAUUUGGAAAUAUAUUAAUACUGAUGAAUAUAUUAUGGCAGACAAGGGUUUCAAAGGAAUGCCUCGUGGAGUCCUACCAUUCAUCGGAAAUGAAUCCCCUUUCACAGAGAAAGAGAAACAGUUCAAUCGAGGCUUAGCAGCAAUCAGAAUAGUAGUAGAGAAUGCAAUUGCUCACAUCAAGAAAUGGAAGAUUUGUUCCACUCCAUUCCGAUGCAAAACCUAUGACAUCAAUGAAUUUGUAAUGCCUAUUAGAAAUCGCUUAUAA